AUGGAAGUGCUUGAAAGUAGCGAGGAUUACGGUGGCGCUGGGGAGCCAGUUGCCUUCAAUCACUCGAACAUCAUAUAUCGAAUGAACAAUGAACUGUACCAAGCAUCCUCUCGGAAAAGAUGUACCCCGAAUGCAGAGUUCAAGCUCAGUGAUCUAUACAACAUUACUAUGAUCCCUUCAGCUGCUCUUUCUGCACCAUUCGAUCCAUCAUUCACAGAGACAUCCAAUCCCUCGCAAUGGUACAUCAAACGACCAAAACUGUCGACCUACACCAGCUCUUAUCCCGAAGCAAUAUCUCAACUUCUCACCCGCGAAGCCCGCGUUUGUGAAACAAUCAAGCGGAAUCCUCACCCGAAUAUAGCUCAAUAUCAUGGAUGUGAGGUCCAAGAUAGCCGGAUCAAGGGACUUUGUUUUACUAAAUACGACUGCACUCUGUAUCAGCGAGUCAAUCCACGUAAAUAUGGAAAGCGUGCCUUUGUUGCUCAUCGGGGUGAAUUAUCGCCUUUGCAGGUCUCGAGCUGGCUGCGUGGUAUUGAGGCUGGUAUACGGCAUUUGCAUUCUCUUGGGAUCAUCCACAACGAUAUCAACCCGUCCAACAUCAUGUUCGCAGGAGACAUUCCCAUCAUCACGGAUUUUGAUUCUGCCGCUAAAGAGGGCGAUGAUAUGACCAUGCAUGGAGGAACAUAUGAAUGGUACGACGAGACACGAAGGAUUGCGAGGCCUCAAAAUGACCUUGAUGCUUUGCGAGAAUUAGAUACAUGGUUGAGAGGAUCUGUGGAUGAUUUCAUAUACGAAACUUGA